CAGUACCUUUCACCUCUCUCCUUGGGACUGGCGUACUACCCUCCUAAUCUCCCCCGUUGAUUCCUCCGUCUCCCUCUCUCAUUCCAAGUUAAAGACAGAGAGAGAGAGAGAGAGAGAGAGAGAGAUUUCAAAACUUGAACCCUUCUAAACCUUGUCUGUUUCAACUUUCAAAUCUUCACCUCAAGGAAAAAUGAAGACAAACACUAACACAAAACUCAUACUCCUUAACCCAUCUAUCCACAAAACCCUGCCUUCUUCUCACCGUCUUCGGUUACUCUUCAUAGUCACUUCCUUUACCAUAGCUUUCACUCUCACUCUCUUCACCACCACCACCUUCCCUACAACCACCACAACUUCAACUCUCACCACCUCCACCACCUCUCUACCACUAUCCAUCACCGCUGCCCUCCUCCACUACGCCUCCACAGCCAACUCCACAACACCCCACAUGUCAUCCGCUGAACUCUCCACCAUCGCAACCACCCUUCAAAACUGCUCUUCUCAUUGCAAUUUCCUCGUUUUUGGCCUGACCCACGAGACCCUUCUGUGGAAAUCACUCAAUUUCCAUGGUCGUACAAUCUUUCUUGAUGAAAGUGAGUACUUUGUUUCGAACUUUGAAAAAGACCACCCUGAUAUCGAAGCUUAUGAUAUACAAUUCACCUCCAAAGUUAGUGAAAUGAGUGAUCUUUUAUUAGUGACAAAAGGGCAAGUUAAUGGUGACUGCAGGCCUGUACAAAAUCUACUCUUCUCUGAUUGUAAGCUUGGCAUAAAUGACAUGCCUAAUCACAUUUAUGAAAUCUCUUGGGAUGUGAUUUUAAUUGAUGGGCCUCGUGGGUAUUUCGCGGCAGCUCCAGGGAGGAUGUCACCAAUAUUUACUGCUGCUGUUCUGGCAAGGAGUAAGAGAGGAGGCAACAAGAAGACACAUGUUUUUGUGCAUGAAAUUGAUAGAGAAGUUGAGGGGGUUUAUAGUGAAGAGUUUCUGUGUGAAGAGAAUCUGGUAGAGACUAUUGAUUCACUGGGACAUUUUGUGUUGGAGAGAGAGGAAGCUAAUUGCUUUGAGUUCUGCAAAAAUUCGACAUCUGUGUCAUCAUCAUUGCCAACUUCAAUAACAAAGACGGCAUCUUUAUCAUCCGGGGAUGAUGAUUUUGAUGAUUGAGAUCAUGGAUUUGUGUGAUUACUUGUACCAUCGCAUAUGUUUCUUCCCUUCUUUCUUUUAAUAUAGAAAUGUAGUUUUUAUAGGACUUAAACUGCCAAAAAAUUCCUCAAAAUCAAGCCUGAAAAAUCAAGUGCCCGUUGUUCAAAA